AUGGGUCUCAGCAUCGAAGGUGGCGACUAUAGGAGAUUAUUGAAUGCCGAUAUGCGAAGCUGUGCUCUUGAAUGUCGAGACGAUGUCUCCUGUCUUGCCUAUGAAUGGAAUAAGAAGGAGAAUGUCUGCUUCUUGAAGUCUCGCUCAGUUUCUGGGGAACUCGUUGCCAAGCCGAAUACUCUUGUCGGUUUCUGUUUGGAUGACGAAGACGACGUUCGGCAUCGAAUGCAUGAUCAUGUGAUAUCGGGUCCAGUGUUGGUAGUCGCUGAAAAUGUUCCAGAUGGUGAUGAAUGCAAACAAAUAUGCGCAAAUGUGGUCGCCAACUAUUACAGUUGGACGCCGAAUCCGUUGAAUGGAAGCAUCGAAAAACAAGAUUAUGACGAAGGAAAUGAAGACGACGAGGAUGAAGAGGAAGAAACAUCAAGAUUAGGUCGUUGUUCUUGUAUAGACACAAUGAACGAGGUUCGACUAGAAUUUGACUCGUUUUCUGGAAUAAUUCCAACACCUAAAAAGCCUCGACAUCGACGAGAAAUUUUAAUUUUCCGACAGACGUAG